AUGGGUGAAGAGAGAAGCCAAUGUGUCGUAAGCUGUUUAACUUAUGACAUACAUUAUUCUCUUAUUAUUGAAUAUGGUGAUUCUACCACGUAUCGCAGAGGAAGUCCCUGCAAAAAUAUUGCAUACAGCCAUCCAAUCUCACUUCUCAACAACCCAGAUGGCUUUCAUUGCCUCAGGGGCUCGUUGCAUCGCCUCACUCCUUGUUCAUUCUCGUCUCCUCUAGCAGCUCCAAGUAUUUCGACUAUUGAUCCAAAAUUACCCAUCUAUCAAGGAAUUUCUAAUAUUACUCAACUCACAAUGCAUUUGUUGAACGCUGGAACUCUGGCGGUAGCAUUACUGGUUGCUUCCGUUGCUGCUGUCCCUGUUGACCAGUUUUCUGCGGACAAGCGUUCCCCGAAAACGGAGGUUGAAAAGGCGACUUAUUGGGAUCUGCUGGGCAAGCGGAUCAUUGCAGAACUCGACCUCAUGGUCCCCCGUGGGGUGCCAGCUAUGGCUGGCCAUGGCGAUGAUGAUAACGACGACCAUCACCGUGGUGAUGAUCAUGAUGAUGAUGAUCAUCGCUGGAAUAGCGUCAAGGCUAGAGGCCACGGAGAUCGUGACCAUGAUGACGAUCAUGACCACAACGGCGGCCGCGAUGGUCAUGAUGAUGAUGAUGACGACCAUCACUGGAAGACCAUCCAAGCCAGGGGCCACAGAGACCAUGACCACGAAGAGGAUGAUGACCACGACCACGACCACGACCACGACCACGACCAUGACGGCCAUGAUGAUGACCAUCAUCACUGGAAGAGCAUCCAAGCUAGGGGUCACCGAGACCACGACCAUGACCACGACCAUGAUGACCACGAUGAUGACCAUGAUGAUGACCACGACCAUGACGGCCAUGACCACGACGGCCAUGAUGAUGACCAUCAUCACUGGAAGAGCAUCCAAGCUAGGGGUCACAGAGACCACGACCAUGAUGACCACGACCAUGAUGACCACGACCAUGAUGACCACGACCAUGACGGCCAUGAUGAUGACCAUCAUCACUGGAAGAGUAUCCAAACUAGGGGCCAUAGAGGCUAUGAUGAUAACGAUGACGAUCACCACGGCCACGAUGACCAUGACCAUGACGAUGAUGAUAACGACGAUCACCACCAUGGAAAAUAA